AUGGCCGACGGCGGCGCUCCCCUCUCCACGGCGGGCCACGGCGGGGUGGACCUCAUCAGCGACCUCAACGAUGACGUCCUCCGUGAGAUCAUCACCCGCCUCCCCCUCAUGGAAGCCGCCCGCACCGCCGUCCUCGCUUCCCGCUGGCGCUACCUCUGGCGCUCCGACCGGCUCGUCCUCAAGGACGUUGACAUCCACGAGCCCGCGCGCGACGCCGUGGUCCCCCGAGUCCUCGCCGACUACCCGGGCCACUUCCGCACCGUCAUCCUCGCCGACUGCAGGCUCGCCUCACUGGACCGUGAGCUCCCCGCCUGGCCGCGCCUCCUCGUCGACAAGCGCACGGAGGAACUCCUUCUCGCCAACAGAUGGGUCAUGGACCAGCCCAACCCCGCGCGCCUUCUUCCCGCCGACAUCCUCCGCUGCGACUCGCUCCAGGAGCUCACCCUGGACUUCUGGACGUUCCCCAGCGGCACCGAGGUCCUUCUUCCCCGCCUCCGGGCUCUCGCCAUAGUACGGAUUGUCAUAAGCGAGCAGGAGCUGGAGUGCUUGAUCGCUGCGAGCCCCGUUCUGGAGUCCCUUCGGCUCACCGUCAAUAGCUCCAAGCACGUCCGUCUCCGCAGCAAAAGCCUCAUGUGCGCGCUUGUUGGUUUGCUCAAGGUGGAGGAGUUGACCGUGGUGGACACGCCGCUCCUGGCGCGGCUUUUCUUGUUCCUGUCCCUACCGCUUAAUGGUGUGAGGAUCAGGAUCGUUUGUGCUCCCAACCUGCGGGUGCUCGGCUACCUGAACACAGGAACUCACGAGCUGCAGAUUGGUGACAGCGUCAUCAGGCCAGACAGAAUGGUGAGCACAAGCACUGUAGUUCCAAGCGUCCAGAUAUUGGCGUUGACUGUGAAUUUUGGUGUCUUCGUGGAGGUCAAGAUGCUGGCCAGCUUCCUCAGAUGCUUUCCAAACGUUGACACGCUGCAUAUCCAGUCUGUACUGCGUGGUCCAUCUGUAACUGCCAAUGAACCCAGUGGGGACCAUCAUGCCAACUUCUGGCGAGAGAUCAGUCCGAUUUGUUGCUUGAGAUCACAUGUCAAGAAGAUGGUUAUUCACAAUUUCCGAGGGGAUCAAAAUGAGUUUGAAUUCCUCAAGUUCGUCGCCAUGAAUGCAGAGGAGCUACAGUCCUUACUGGUUGCGUCGCACAAAGAUAUUUUGUCUUCAGCUGUGAAGGUGAAUGAGACAAAAGAUGAAUUGCAGCGUCUACAGUUUCCAACAGGCAUCUCUGCGGUGCUACGGGUAUCACAUAAAGCUGCCACUGUUUGGCGCUUGGGGAAAGCAUGCAUUCUUACAAUCGAUGACCCUUUCGAGUGCUGA